CAACUUACAAUUCCUUUUCCCUCCUCCACGUUACCCACCGGCUACUGCCGGUAAACUUACCGCUAUAAAAACUUUCGACAUUUUUUGUACAAGCCUCCUCCUUCCUCCCCUUCCACCGCCAAUUUCCGGUCGCCAGUGGCUCCUCUUGGAUCCCCGUUUUACGAUUUCUCCUAUCCUCGAUGAAGGAUAUAUUUAUCCCGUACAGGAAUAGAGCUAAACCUUCCGCGGAUUUAUCUCAAUCCGGUUCUUUACUAUGAGCGCCGUCAACAUCACUAACGUCACCGUUUUGGACAAUCCCGCCGCCUUCCUCAACCCGUUUCAGUUCGAAAUCUCGUACGAGUGCUUGACUCCUCUUAAAGACGAUUUGGAAUGGAAACUCAUUUAUGUGGGAUCUGCUGAGGAUGAAACUUAUGAUCAACUCCUAGAAAGUGUGCUUGUUGGCCCUGUUAAUGUUGGGAACUAUCGCUUUGUCUUGCAGGCAGACCCUCCAGAUCCAUCAAAAAUCCGGGAAGAGGAUAUAAUCGGUGUCACAGUGCUGCUAUUAACAUGCUCAUACAUGGGGCAGGAAUUUAUCCGAGUGGGAUACUAUGUGAACAAUGAUUACGAUGAUGAACAACUAAGAGAGGAACCUCCUCCAAAGGUUUUGAUUGAUAAAGUUCAAAGAAAUAUAUUAGCUGACAAACCUAGAGUAACGAAAUUUCCAAUCAAUUUUCAUCCUGAGAAUAAUGAGCCUGCAGAAGGAAACCCUCCUUCACCUGAUCAUGCUAUCGAAACAAAUGGGAACGAAGAACUACCCCCCUCACCAGAUCAUCUGCAAUGGAAUGGACAAAUACCUCCCUCACCUGAUCAUCCGCCUGAUGAGCGGUAGUUUGCAGUGUCAAGGGUUUCUACACAACUUCAAUAUUUUGUACAAAUUUUGCAUGAUGGCCAAACCUGGUGAAUUUGUUCGAAGAUGUCAAAAAUACAAGAUUCCACUGUUAUAGUUCUGACAGAAGCUUUUAUGAAGUCUUAAAAUGCUUUUUGCCGUGAACUUGUUUGGACAUUAUUUUGGAUUUCCCAAUGUUAUUAGCUAGCAUGAUAGAUACAACAAUGAAUAGCUUCUUUGGUAUGGAGAGUAAUUAAUGUACAUUUGGUGAAUUUCUUAACUGCUAACUGAUUUUUUUGCA